CAUCAUCUUCAACACCAUUCCUCUUCUUUAACGCCCUCUCUGCAUUUUUCAGAGUCUUUUUGCACAAGAAACAAAGCUCAAGACCACAAACUCAAAGUUCAAGAAAGCUCAAGAACCACGAAAAAAAAGCUAUGAGAACAAGUAACCAUCUCAUAGGUCUAGUCAACUUCCUCACGUUCCUCCUCUCGAUCCCUAUCCUCGGCGGUGGGAUAUGGCUAAGCAGCCGAGCUAACUCCACUGACUGUUUAAGAUUCCUUCAGUGGCCACUCAUAGUCAUAGGAAUCUCAAUCAUGGUCGUGUCUUUAGCAGGGUUCGCUGGAGCUUGUUACCGUAACAAGUUCCUCAUGUGGCUAUACCUAGUCGUCAUGCUCCUCAUCAUAGCCGCACUCAUAGGUUUCAUCAUCUUCGCUUACGCGGUUACUGAUAAAGGAUCCGGUCGAACCGUUCUUAACCGGGGUUAUCUUGACUACUAUCUUCAAGAUUACUCUGGUUGGUUGAAAGAUCGAGUCUCUGAUGAUGGUUAUUGGGGUAAGAUCAGUUCUUGUCUUAGAGAUUCUGGAGCUUGUAGAAAGAUCGGAAGAAACUUAAAUGGUGUCCCUGAAACUGCUGAUAUGUUCUUCCUUAGAAGACUUAGCCCUGUUGAGUCCGGUUGUUGCAAGCCACCAACAGAUUGUGGAUUUUCAUAUGUGAACGAGACGGGUUGGGACACGAGAGGAGGGAUGGCAGGACCAAACUCGGACUGUAUGUUGUGGAGCAAUGACCAGAGCAUGCUUUGUUAUCAGUGUAGCUCUUGUAAAGCUGGUGUUCUUGGGAGCAUAAAGAAGAGUUGGAGAAAAGUAUCGGUGAUUAACAUCGUGGUACUAAUCAUUCUCGUUAUCUUCUAUGUUAUUGCUUAUGCGGCUUAUAGGAAUGUCAAGAGGAUGGAUAAUGAUGAGCCGGCUGGUGAAGCAAGGAUGACUAAGUCACAUCCUAGUCAUUUCCACCUUUGAUCAAAAAUUUGGUAUAGUUCUUCGUUAAAUGGUAAUGCAAAAAUCUGAUGAGGAACAAGAUUUGAUUUAUGUUUGUCACUGGCUUGUGGUAAAGUCUCCUAGCAACUUUUUGUGUUUUGUUUUUGAUAUAUGUAACACAUUAUUUUUGUUUGUGUAUAUUAUUUAUGUUGGAAUCAGAAGCUCUCUAGUCUAUUUUA